UUCGGUAGUUAUAGUAAUCCAACAUGGCGGGUCGCAAGAGCAAUAAAAAGUCCAUGGCGGAGGCUGACAAGUAUUCAGUCCUGUUGCCGACUUACAACGAACGGGAAAAUUUACCCCUGAUCGUGUGGCUGCUGGUGAAAUAUUUUGGCGAAAGCGGCUACAACUACGAGAUUAUUGUGAUCGACGACGGAAGCCCUGAUGGGACACUAGAGAUUGCUGAGCAGCUACAGAAAAUCUACGGAAAGGAUAAAAUUGUCCUGAGACCAAGAGCACAGAAAUUAGGUUUAGGGACUGCAUACAUUCAUGGCAUUAAGCAUGCUACUGGAAACUUCAUCAUCAUUAUGGAUGCUGAUCUGUCUCAUCAUCCAAAAUUUAUUCCACAAUUUAUUGAAAAACAGAAAGAAGGUGGAUAUGACUUAGUGUCUGGAACGAGGUAUAGAGGAGACGGAGGUGUGUACGGAUGGGACCUACGCCGAAAGCUCAUUAGCCGAGGGGCGAAUUUCAUCACACAGGUGCUGCUGAGACCCGGCGCGUCAGAUCUGACGGGGAGCUUUAGGCUGUAUAAGAAAGCUGUACUGGAGCACCUGGUGGAGCACUGUGUGUCUAAAGGCUACGUUUUCCAAAUGGAGAUGAUCGUUCGUGCUCGACAGCUAGGCUACACCGUCGGAGAGGUUCCAAUCUCAUUUGUGGACCGUGUUUAUGGAGAGUCCAAACUGGGAGGAAAUGAAAUUGUCUCUUUCCUGAAAGGAUUGCUCACACUUUUUGCCACAACAUGACCCAAUCCCUGGCUCUGUGUCCUGCUGUGCGAUGUGGCAAACUCAUAAAAACUCCUUCACAGCCACACAUACAUUCACCUGCUGCACUCUACCUAAUGGUUCUAGUUUAAUUAAAGAUCCCAUGUUUACAAACUGUAGCUGGCCCUACAAAAGUACUAUCUGAAGUGGCAUCUGAUAUUCUGCUUCCUGCCAAAAUAGAUGUUUGUGUUAAUUCGCUUAGUUUACUUAGUAGGGCUAAAAGCACCAAUUGCAAAAUUGGUAUCAGGACCAAAUUGGCAUGAAAUAUGCAAGAAAUAAUAUCGUUAUUGAGAUUUAAAUAGUUAUACUUUUUUUUUUUUCUUCAUCCCAGUGAGCAAUGCAUAGGUUUUGUAGUAAGAUGCUGAGUCAAAUGUUACAGGAGUUGUUAUAUUUUAAGCAGCAUCAAUAUGAAAAGGUUUGAAUGUUGGAAUACAUGAUGUUGCUGAUUUAAAUAAAAAAAAUCCACAAAGCUA